UGGCAGCCGCAGUCUUCAACGCUGAGGUGCCAUGUGAGACUGUCUUGGGAAACUGGGUAGCUUGACGUCGCCCUUAAUCGGAAAUAAAUGACUGUCGAGCGUAGAGUAGAGGUGUUCGCAAUUUCUUCCUGCCGCUGCAUACACAUAUCUGCCGCCAGGAUUAUGCAUGGCCGGACACCAAGACUUGCGAACAAGAUAUCAUGGACUCCAAAGCUUUGGAACAUGAGCAGAAGGCCGCGGGCGCCUCUGGCGAGGAGGCGCUCGGGCAUGCCAUCGCCGCAGCCGAGCUAUAUAUGCAGGCCGUACAGAAGGCACCGACUCAGGCUGACCGCACAAGGCUCAGUCGCAAGUGCAGAACCAUGAUAGACUUGGCCGAGAAGCUCAAGUCCCUUUCCGUGAAUCCCGAACCACGAGGGCCCAAGUCUACUCGCCCACUCUCAACAGCCGAGAAGACCAUUAUCUUACGGUCGUCCAAGAUUCAUGGCCAGGUAUUUCUUCCAUGGGACGCACCCCCAGGGCCGAGUGCCUUCGCCAAAACAGGAGAGGAGAUGUACAUGGACUCUUUUGAGUACACCUUCUCGCCUACGCAGCAGGUUCUCUUCACUGGCUGGAAGCACCCUUCGGAGCUCGUAGCCAGUGGCGAGGCUGCCGACCCGGAGAAGUCUUGUGACAACCUGAUGACGGCGAGUGCCGACAGUGAUCUCGUCCAGGACAUGCUCACCGACUGCUCUGUUGUCGCCAGUUUGAGUGCCGCAAUGCGCCACCUUUGCCCGAAUAAGGACUCGCUUCUCGCCUCACUCAUGUAUCCCUUCGACCAUAAAUCGUUCAAGCCUGCCAUCUCUCCGAACGGGAAAUAUGUCUUCCGCAUGCACUUCAAUGGAUGCCCACGGCGGGUGACGAUAGACGAUAGGUUGCCCUCCUCGUCGACAUCGUCGCGGGCAUUAUUCGUGGUCGACCAGCGCAACCCGAGGCUCAUAUGGCCGGCGCUGAUGGAGAAAGCCUACCUGAAGAUCCGGGGCGGCUACGACUUCCCCGGCAGCAAUUCCGGCACCGAUCUCUACGUUCUGACAGGGUGGAUCCCCGAGCAGCAUUUCUUCCAGCACGAGGAGAUCGACCUUGAGCAGAUAUGGAAUAUGAUGAGGCGGGCCUAUGACAACGGCGACGUGGUCGUGACGCUCGGCACCUCGUAUCUGUCCCCGGAGGAGGAGGAAACGCUCGGCCUAGUGAGCGAGCAUGACUACGCCGUCAUGCACUUGGCAGAGGAAGAGGGCGUGCGACGCAUGCUAGUCAAGAAUCCCUGGCGCAAUAGUGUUGUGUGGAAGGGAGUUGGCUCCUCGGCAUCCAUGAAUGUCAUAACCUCGUCUCCCAGUCUCCCCUCCAAGUCAAAGGCCGGGCCGGAUGACGGCAACACUGGCACGUUCUGGAUGCCAUUCGAAGACGUGGUCAAGAAUUUCGACUCGCUCUAUCUAAACUGGAAUCCGACUCUCUUCACUCAUCGCCAGGACCACCACUUCACCUGGGAGAUGCCCUCCAAGACCGUGGCCAACGCACUUGCACACAAUCCCCAAUACUCGGUGCAAUCCCCGACGUCCGGCCCGGUCUGGAUCCUCCUAAGCCGCCACUGGCAAGACGGCGAGCUCGACAUUCUGCGCAACGGGUACAGGUCCGACACCGGGAGCAGCAGCGGCACUGGCGGCGCCGGCAGCUUCAAUGGCAGUGGUGGUGGUAGUAGUACAUACCCCGGAAUCCCCACGCUCGCUUCGGUCUCCAAGACCCUCGGGUUCAUGUCCCUCGCCAUCUACGCGACCUCGCCGCCAGGCACGCGGGUCUCGCUCCCCGACCGCGCGGCCCUGCACCGCAGCAUCUUCGUCGACAGCCCCAACACGCUAGUGCGGCUCGAGGAGCCCACUCCGGGCACGGCAUACACGGUCGUGGUCACGCAGGUCGACCUGCCGCUGCCCAAGUACUCCUUCACCCUCUCCUUCUUCUCCACCGCCCCGCUGGCCGUCGCGCCCGCCGCCGAGCCGCUCGCGCACACGACCGAGCUGAGGGGUUCCUGGGCGCGCCGCACCGCGGGCGGCAACACCGAGAGCCCGACCUACCACAUCAACCCGCAGUACGCCAUCACCGUGCCGGCCUCCCCGCCCGGCGGCACCCGCCUCUCCCUCCUCCUGACCACCGACGCCGACGAUUUGCCCGUCCACGUCGCCCUGCUCCACUCGGGCGGCGGCCGCCGCGUCGCCGGGCCCGCCAACCGCCGCCGCGACGUUGUGGCCUCGAGCCCCGAGUACCGCCGCGGCGCCGCCUCAGCGCCCUCCGCCUCCGCCGCCGCCUCCUCCCGCCCCGUGCCCCCGGGAACCUACACCGCCGUCGUCAGCACCUUCGAGCCCGGCAGUCUCGCCCGCUUCGCCCUCCGCGUCGCCGCCGACGGCCCCGUCGGCGUCCGCCCCGUCGCCCCCGACGCCGCGGGCCGCCUGCGCACCGCCGCCCCGCCCCUGCCGCCCCUCGCCGCUUCGGCCCCGGCUGACGCCGGGGACGCGACGGCGACGACGACGACGACGAUAGCCAGCAUCCGCGCGCAGGUCACCGUCGGCCGCCUAACCCGCAUCGCCGCGGUAGCCCAGUCCAGGGCCCCAGUCCCAGGACCAUCCCCACCCCCACCCCCACCCGGUAUCAUCCCUAGCACCGGCGUCAUCACCGACACCGCAUCCGCCGCCCCCUGCGCGAUCCGCCUAGCCCUCGAGCUGGGCACGGGCCCACACCGCGCGAUCCUAGCCGUGACGGGGGAGGGAGAGUUCCUCGACGCUGCGGCGGGGGCCGGAGGAGGAGGAGCAGGAGGAGCAGGAGGGGGAGGAGGAGGAGGGGGCGGGCCGGGCCUGCGGACGGCCGAGGUGGACGUCGAUCCGGGGAUGGUCGCCACCCGCGGGGGCCUGUGGCUCGUCGUCGAGCGCAUCGCCGCCGGAGCCGGGGCUGCGGCCGGGGCCGCGGCGGUGGGACCUCGGGUGGAGGUCCUUAGCGAUGCGCCUGUUCGGUUGGGGGGGUGGGAGAGCGUGGAUGGCUAG